CCACGAUAAAACAGUUCUGUUUCCAAAAAGAUUUGUCCGUCCGUAAUGGAGAUUAAAUUGGUACAUGGAUGACAUGCUGGCAAAGAGAGUGGUGGAUGUGGAGGAGAAGGUAGUAGAUGUAGAUGUGGAGGCGGAGGGUGGGGGAAGGGUGAUGGACAUCAAAGUGGAGGAGGGGGCCAUGGUGGUGAUGACCUGGAUGGUGGGGGAGGCCUGUCGUUGUUCGACGGUGGUUAUCCGGUCGGAAAGGCCGGAGAGGGACGCUUGGAGGGAGUCGAGGGUGGCCUUCAUGGAGGUCAUGAGGGAGAAGAGGGUGGAAGAGUCAGCGAGGGCCUCCUGGGCGUCAGCCUGUUUGCCAGUAAGUUUGCGAAGGAGGCUAUCGACGGACUUGGUGUUGAUGGAGGUCAUGUUGAUGCUAGAUUCUUUGGCCAUCGCGAAGGAAACGGCCGGGGUGGUGGCGGUUGCUGGAGAAGCGGGCGGUGAUGAGGUGGAGGCAGCUGCAGCAGCGGAGCACUGAGAGUUCUUGGUUUUGCGUGUCCCGCAGAGAGCGGGGGAGGGGGGGGGGGGGGGUUGAAGGCUUUUAAUUACAAAAUGAAGAGAAUUUUGGAAG